GCUGUCUCAUUCUCGUGCAGCGUGGUCGCUGGCCUUCGUUCAAGCAACUCGCAGGAAGCAGCGUCUCAACGUCUGCUGCGUUUUUCAGUUAGAUCGCGCUCUCUCUGGGGGUCAAAUAUUGCGCAUUAGAAGUUUUGGUGAGAGCUACCUCAGUGGUUCAAGCAGCUCCAAUGAACGGUGCCAAGAGCAAGCGGGGCGGUCACUCACCCAUCGAACAUUUCUUCCGUGACAAAGCAGUCUUCAUUACAGGAGGCACAGGCUUCUUGGGAAAGAUCCUUAUUGAAAAACUUCUUCGAUCCUGCAGUGGUGUAAAGGCUGUGUAUGUCCUCCUGCGUGCCAAAGAUGGCAUUCAACCUAAUGACCGGCUUCAAGAGAUGUUCCAAUGCCCGGUUUUCAGCCGGCUCAGAGAAGAAAAUCCAUCUGCACUCAGCAAGGUGGUGUCUGUGACCGGAGACAUCUUGGAGCCCGGAUUAGGCCUCUCCGAGGAGGAUAUCGCUGAGCUCGUCGAGAACGUCUCCAUUGUUUACCACUCGGCGGCGUCCGUGCGUUUUGAUGAGCCACUUCGAAAAGCCAUCGACAUCAACGUUUUAGGCACAAGAAGAGUGUUGGAGCUGUGCCAUAAGCUGAAGAACAUAACCGCCUUCGUCCACGUGUCUACAGCUUACUGCUUCUGCAACAGAAACCACGUGGAUGAAAUCGUCUAUCCCGAGGAAGUGCCUUACCAGAAGGUCAUCGAUGUUUCAGAGUGGCUGGAAGAAGAACUUCAAGAGAAGAUUCAGAGCCAGGUGAUGGGUGGCCGGCCGACUACGUACCACUACACCAAGGCCCUUGCCGAGAGCCUCUUGGUGCACGAAGCAGCCGAUCUGCCGGUUGUCAUUCUGCGCCCUUCAAUUGUCACUUGUGCAGUCAGAGAGCCCUUAUCGGGCUGGGUGGACAACUUCAAUGGACCUGCCGGCUUCAUCAUUGCUACUGGCAAAGGUGUUCUUCGUACAAUGUACCUGCGGCCCAACAAUUCGGCCGACAUCUACCCGGUGGACAUGGUGGCCAACAUGAUGAUCACGGCCACGUGGUACAUGUGCAAGGCGAAGCCAGUCAGCCCGUUCGUCAUCAACUGCACUUCGGGGUCCAUGCGACGCCUGACUUGGCAGCAAAUUUUCGACUAUUCAAAGCCACUUGUCCUCAAGUACCCGAGCAGCGAGGUGUUCCGGUACCCGGGCGGCAGCUUCAAGACGACGCGUUUUUGGCACUCGGUGGCGGUGCAGCUGGACCACAAUUUACCUGCCUUCAUCGCAGACACGGUGGCCCGGCUUGGAGGAUAUAAGCCUAUUUUGCGUGAUAUCUACAAAAGGAUCCAUCGCGCCAUGGGCAUCCUUGAAUUCUUCGUCACACACGAGUGGACCUUCAGUGUUGACAACCUCAGACUCCUCAUGGCGAGCCUCGAAGGGCCUGAUCGCGAGACCUUCGACUUUGACAUUCGCUCUAUUGACUGGGUAGCUUAUAUGGAACAGUACAUACUGGGUGUUCGUAGGUACGUUUUGAAAGAAGACCCUUCGACCAUUCCAACAGCCCGGAGAAACCUUAACAGCCACAAUGAAAAGGGCACACAGAACAAACCAACCUCCUGGACGGCCUUGUGUAGCACCGCCUCAGAGCCGGCCCAAAGGAUCUACUACAUUGGAAUGUUGGUCCAGCUGCUCUUCGUGGCUGGCGUUAUCCGACUUCUGGUGAAGCACACGAGAACAUUCAACGACCUUUGGUGGAGCCUCAUCUCUCACAUUCUUCAACUUUCAGUACGCAUCUCCCUGGCCAUGCAGUCUGUUGCAUCCCGCCACUGAAAUAUAUGUCAAGAUUACACACCUUCUGCUUUUAUUUUCUAAUAAAGGUAUAAAAAUGUUCAUGCCACCGC